AACCCCAUCCAAGGCGGUCUCUCUCUCUCUCUCCCGUUUUCCGGUUAACAAACAGUGCACUUUUUCCAUGCUCACAGUUCAUCCCUCCUCUUCUGUGUCUCUCUCUCUCUCUCUCUCUCUCUCUCUCUCUCUCUCUCUCCUCUGACACACUUUUCGAACCAUAGCGAAUUUUUCGCCCCUAUAGAGCCCUUAUUAGAACCGGAGAUAUAAUUUAUGCGAUAACCCUGUUUUUAUCCGAUCGCUCAAUCUAGGGUUUCCUUAUCUCCGACCAAUUCAUGUUCAGAGUAUAGUCGCAAUGAUUUAUUCACGUCUCGCACGCUCCCUCUCCCGCUCCUAUCGCUCUGCAUUUCAUCCGAAUAUUAUUUCUGGUAAUUAUGGUGUAAGGGAAAUGCUUUCGAAGGAAUUAGUUGCUUCAAAUGGCUGCAGUGGGGAGGGGUUAGGGCUUGUGAGGGGUUAUUUGACUUCAAUAGGAGCAGUGACUGGGAAGCAGCUUGUUUCUAAUACAAAUCUGCCAGGCUUCAAUUCCAUUUUUUCUAACCCGCGACUUCGGCGACUUUUUUGUAGUGAAGCUCCGAAGAAAAGAAACUAUGAGAAUUACUACCCGAAAAAUAAGAAGGAAAUACCAAAAGAGAACAAUCAGAAGUCAGAGUCCAAAGAGGAAUCAAGUACAGGUGAUCAUGGGAACUCUCAGGAAAACUUCAUGAAGCAGUUUCAGCAUUUUGUCACACCUUUGUUGAUUAUUGGGUUGAUGGCCUUGUCACUUAAUUCAGCUCCCCGUGAGCAGGCACAGAUUAGUUUCCAAGAGUUCAAGAACAAGCUACUUGAGCCUGGUCUGGUGGAUCACAUUGUUGUUGCAAAUAAGUCAGUCGCUAAAGUGUGUGUGAAGAGCUCCCCAUCUGCUACAAAUCAAACAAACAAUGAGGUUGUCCAAGGUCCUGCUGAUGGUGCCCAUGGUAGACGAAAUGGGAGCCAAUACAAGUACUAUUUCACUAUUGGAAGUGUCGAGUCUUUUGAGGAGAAGCUGGAGGAAGCCCAAGAAGCAUUAGGAGUUGAUCCUCAUAACUAUGUUCCUGUGACAUAUGUCUCUCAACUGAACUGGUACCAAGAAUUCUUGAGGUUUGCCCCAACAGUCUUGCUUUUAGGAGCCGCCUUAUUCAUAGGAAAAAGAAUGCAGGGUGGAUUUGGUGUUGGUGGUCCUGGUGGCAAGGGUGCCCGAGGUAUAUUCAAUAUUGGAAAAGCACAGGUUAUGAAGAUGGAUAAGAACUCAAAAAACAAGGUAUUCUUCAAAGAUGUGGCUGGAUGCGACGAGGCAAAGCAAGAAAUCAUGGAGUUUGUCCACUUUCUCAAGAACCCAAAGAAGUACGAGGAGUUGGGUGCCAAAAUUCCAAAAGGGGCUCUUCUUGUUGGCCCUCCUGGGACAGGAAAGACACUUCUUGCUAAAGCUACUGCAGGUGAAUCUGGUGUGCCUUUUCUAUCUAUAUCUGGUUCAGAUUUUAUGGAAAUGUUUGUUGGAGUUGGUCCAUCAAGGGUCAGGAACUUAUUUCAAGAGGCAAGACAAUGCGCUCCUAGCAUUGUUUUUAUUGACGAGAUUGAUGCAAUUGGUCGAGCACGAGGGCGUGGGGGAUUUUCAGGGGGCAAUGAUGAGCGUGAGAGUACUUUAAAUCAGUUGCUUGUGGAAAUGGAUGGAUUUGGAACUACAGCUGGAGUUGUCGUACUAGCUGGCACAAAUAGGCCUGAUAUUCUAGACAAAGCCUUAUUGAGACCUGGUCGGUUUGAUCGUCAAAUUACAAUAGAUAAACCUGACAUAAAAGGCCGUGACCAGAUAUUUCAGAUCUACUUGACGAAGUUAAAACUUGAUCAAGAGCCAUCAUAUUACUCUCAAAGACUUGCUGCUCUAACUCCUGGAUUUGCUGGAGCCGACAUUGCAAAUGUUUGUAAUGAAGCUGCUUUAAUUGCUGCAAGGAAUGAGAGUACACAAAUUACGAUGGAACAUUUUGAGGCAGCUAUAGACAGGGUCAUUGGAGGUUUAGAAAAGAAGAACAAGGUGAUAAGCAAGCUUGAAAGGCGGACUGUUGCGUACCAUGAAUCAGGUCAUGCUGUUGCUGGUUGGUUCUUGGAACAUGCAGAACCAUUGCUCAAAGUGACAAUUGUUCCUCGUGGUACAGCAGCUCUGGGGUUUGCUCAGUAUGUUCCUAAUGAAAAUCUUUUGAUGACCAAAGAGCAGCUCUUUGAUGUGACAUGCAUGACCCUUGGGGGUCGAGCAGCUGAGCAGGUUUUGCUGGGAAAGAUUUCGACGGGAGCCCAAAAUGACUUGGAGAAAGUGACCAAGAUGACCUAUGCCCAAGUGGCAGUCUACGGUUUUAGCGACAAAGUAGGUCUUCUCUCCUUCCCUCAAAGGGACGAUUCCUUCGAAAUGACCAAGCCUUACAGCAGCAAGACUGCUGCAAUUAUUGACAAUGAAGUGAGAGAAUGGGUGGGAAAAGCAUACGAGCGCACUCUACGGCUGAUAGAGGAGCACAAAGAGCACAUUGCAAAAAUCGCAGAGUUGUUGCUUGAGAAGGAGGUCCUUCAUCAAGACGACUUGGUUCGAGUACUGGGUGCGCGACCGUUUAAGAGCAGUGAGCCCACGAAUUAUGAUAGGUUCAAGCAAGGGUUUCAAGAAGAGGAUAAAGAAACGAAACAAACAACUCAGGGCGGGACCGUGGAGGAAGAUGGGUCAUCAUCGCCUUUGGGACCUGAGGUGGUGCCGGCAUAGUGAAUAAAUAGACUUAGGGUUGUAUAAAUUAUCGAUUUAGGUGGUUUCGCUCAUGGCCUGCUCCCUUUAUUUGAGGUUUACGAAUUUGUAAAAAAUUCACACAUCUCAAAUAGUUGUACCCGGAGAAGUUCUUCUAUAUUUGAAUAUUUUCCGACCGGCCAUGCAUUGGUGUGGAAAUAAAUCUUGAAUUGGAAACGGAGAUGGCAAAUGAAGUGAUGACUCGGAGUUUCAAGCU